GCAAGCUACGGCUCUCCUCCAUCCCUGCGGUUAUCGCACGACCACCUGCCAUAUACUCGACAUAAAUAACCGAUAACCGUAAUUCAAAAGCAAGACUACGAAAUUAAAUCAUCGAAUUAUCAGUCUAAGUGGUGCAUCGUCGUCGGCUCGAGCAGCGAUAACCAUGGAUCGCAACUCCCAGUCCGCUGGCCCGGGGCCUCGCCAUGACGCCGCCUCGGGGGUUACCAAGACCGAAUCAGCGGCAGACAGAAUGGCUGCUCUCAGGGCAAGAGUCAACGCAGCUGUUGGCUCAAGCAAGGCCAAGGGUGGUCUCAAUGUCGGCCUGCAUCCCGCGCUGGAGGGUCUAGGAUCUGGCAAACUAGAUUCGCAGCAGACGCAAAAUAGCCUAUCAAGCAGUCAACGGCCGCAGCCAUUUUCUGGAAACCAACGAAAUAACAACCUGAAACGCAAAGACGGACAGGCGAACCCAUACAUGGCCGACGCGGCAGCCUCCGGUGCCGGCAGAGGACGCCAAUCGAGGCAGCUCAACUUUAAUCAAAAGGGAAAAUACAUUGCACAGGCAAACGCUCUACGCCGACAGGAGGCGUUGGAAGCUUUGAAACGCCGUGUUGCUGAACAGACAAGAAAAGCAGGCAUUGACGAAGACUUGGACGUCGAGAAGAAUUUUGUCGUUGAAGAACCACCAGCGAUCGAGUGGUGGGAUGAGGGGUACUUUGAAGGUGACACAUACGACAACAUUGAAAAUUUAAAGCUACAAGGUGAAGACAGUCCUAUUACCGAAUAUGUACAACAUCCAGUGGCCAUCGCACCGCCGCAAGAUGCCAACGCCCCGGCGCCAAAGCCCAUGUUCCUUACAAAGAAAGAAAUGGCAAAGAUCCGCCGCCAGCGCAGAAUGGCCGACCUCAAGGAGAUGCAGGCCAAGAUUAGUCUAGGAUUGGUGCCGGCACCGCCACCCAAGGUUAAGAAGGGCAACCUGAUGCGAGUGCUUGGCGACGCUGCCGUUAAAGAUCCUACUGCUGUUGAAGCCCGCGUGAACCGCGAGAUUGCCGAACGAUACGAAACACACAUGAAUACAAACGAAGAACGCAAGCUGACAAAGGAACAACGGCACGAAAAGCUGCAAGAAAACCAGCAAAAGGAUGCUGACAAGGGUAUUUAUCUUCUUGUCUUCAAGAUCAAUACACUAGCCAAUGGCCAGCAUCGCUUCAAGAUUGGCAUCAACGCCGAGGAACUGGCUCUAACAGGCACUUGUAUCCUCAACCCCAAGUUCAACUUGGUCAUUGUUGAAGGAGGAGAAUGGAGCAUUACCAAAUAUAAGAAGCUUAUGCUUAACCGAAUCGACUGGACAGAGAAUGCACCAUCGAGGGUACGAGAUGAGAAAAAGGCAAAUGCGAAGGACUGGCUGGUGGCUGAGGACGAGAAUGGAAACCUGAAGGAUAUUUCUAUUAACAAGUGCACCCUCGUUUUUGAGGGUGAGCAAAAAGUCCGCGCAUUCAGGAAAUGGGGAAGCAGAGUGUGCGAAUCCGACUCAGAUGCUAGAGAAGCACUGGCAAGAUCACGGAUGGACAGUUUCUGGUCCAUGGCCAAGGCGAUGCCCUGAACGAGCAAACAGAAUACUAUUAAAACCUAUUGUAUUUAUUUUUCACACUGCUCUUUUUCAUUUUCUACAGGGAGCAUUUUUUGCAUUAUGCACAGGACAGGCACAGCAGGACACAGCGAUGCAUCUUGAUAGCAGCAGAUAGAGUCUAACGUCAGCUAGGCAUUCAAUUUUAUCCGGCAUUGCUGCAUGCGUUUUUUUAAUCAAUGCAAUACACAAUCAUGCAUAUAUAUUU